ACUGUACAAGCGCAGUCACAUGUACACUACAACAGUAGUGCUAGCGCCUGCGCGCGAGCCGGUCACUCAUUUGUUUUCCUUGCAAUUGCAAGCUUGUUGUGAACUGUUCCGCCAUGUCGAAGCAACGAGUAUCGAUCAGUUUGAAGGAGAAAAUAAAAAUUAUCGAUGAUCAUGAAAGAAGGAAGUUGUCAGUCCGUGACAUUUCGAGGGCGACUGGAAAACCUACCAGCACAAUUUAGACCAUCUUGAAGAACAAGGAUUCUUGUCGGAAAAGUUGGGAAACCUGUCAACGCUCCGGCAAGGUGAAGCGGAUUGCUCAUUCCAAGUGGCCUCAGCUGGACGACGCCCUGUUCCAGUGGGUUGUAAAGGCAAGGACAGCCAGAGUUGAUGUUUUCGACGACACCAUCCGAACCAAAGCCAGAGAGUUCGCCGAGCAUUUCGGAAUAUCUGAUGAAGAGUUUUCCGCCAGCAGCAGAUUCUGCGAUAAGUUCAAGAAGCGCCAUCAGCUAUCGCUAAGAACGAAGGCUGGAGAAGGUGAACACGCGGCUCGUUCCGAUGAUAUUCACGACUGGCAAGACCAGGUUCUUCCUGGCUUACUUGAGGGAUAUGCGCCGAAGGAUGUCUUCAACGCCGAUGAGUCGGCACUCUUCUACCGACUCCUACCGCUCAAGACGCUAGCGUUUCGUGGCGAGAAGUGUAGAGGAGGUAAGAAGAAGAAGGAACGGGUUUCAUUUAGUGUUGAAACGAUCUCACCGGAUACUCGUUAGCUCGCUCGCCAGAAACUCGGCUCGUUUACACCAUCAGCUCGUUUGCACUAACGAGCACCGUAUACCGUACGGUGUACCCACUAGAUCGACAGUCAGUGCAUGCGUGACAGUCAUGUCGACAGGUAGGUCGAGGUCUGCACUACACAGUGCAGUCACACUGCAACUCAUAUCACAUGUGCUAGUAGAUGUACCGGUACCGCGGUACAUGCAGUCUACACUGCAUGCACCAACCGUGCUUGAACCACAACAUGUACACAGAGUCGCGCUCAAACUCAAACUAGCAAGUAGAUUUUGCUCCUGCUGCACCACUUGCAAUGCGGGUCACGCACACAAGUCCUAGUCCUAGUCCUAGUCCUAGUACUAGUAGUAGUCAACUAGGCCUACAUAAUCCUGUCGCGCGUAAAAGUGAAAGCCAUUCGCACUGCAGUGGUGCUGCAUUGAUGCUUGCACUGCAUGCACGCAGUGACUUCUUGCUGCAAGACUCAGUUGGCAAGAGUGUUUACACGGGCACUGUUACAAAGUGUUACCUACAAUCUAAUCCCGCGCGCGCGGGUAGCUAGCUACUGCAUGCACAGACAUGUACAUAGUCCACUGUACUGUACUGACUGUGGGGACUUGCUGCACUGACUCAGUACAGUGACCGUGCACACAUACCGGUAGUCAACCACAACUGUGACUUCCUCCUGCACCAGUGACAAUCUACUCGUGUGCACCGUUCAAGGCGCGCGCGCGGGUAGCUAGCCACGUAGGUCUAGUACUAGUUGACAUUUGUGCACCUGCUGCACCUGCAGACACUGGUGAACUCACAUCACCCGUACUGACUCUGUACCAAUAAAAGUCCUUACCUUUGGACACUGAGUUAUCUGAACUUCAGUUGUCUUUGAAGCUUCACUUCAGACAGAGAUGUCUUCUUCCGCAUCUCUUGACUUGUCACAAGGAGACGCGGUUGUCAACUCUCCUUUCGAGCGGAAGUCGCGAUCAGUAGUGUGGAAGUUUUUCUCCCGCGAUGCGGCGAAAAAUAAGGCCACUUGCAAUCUCUGCAAAAUAGUGUAUUCGUAUAAUGGCUGCUCGACGACUGCCCUGAAGCGACAUCUGGACACGAAGCACCCGUCCGAAGUGAAGCCCGUCGAGAGCAGCAGUAACAACUCCGGCGAAAGUUCAAAGCAGCUGAGCUUAGAUUCGUUCGCCUCCCUCAAGCCAACGUCCAAGCCCUGCUCCGUCGUUCGUUCUCGAGAAAUAACUCGUGUGCUGUCACGUUGGCCUUGGCUCGAUGGUCGACCGAUCAUUCUCGUCAAAGACAAAGCUUUACAGGUAAGAGUGAGACACCGUUGUUGUUGAUUCGAGUGGUUGAUGACUUGAUGUGUUGAAUAGUCACUAGUGAUAAAUAUUUUGCAGAAUUUUGGAAUGAAUCGUUACUCGUUAGUUCUUAUUAUACUAGUAGAUAAACCUUGUUUUCAACAACAUGUGCGGUAGUUCUUGCAACUUCUUGCAACAUAUGUUUGUCACGACUCGACUCGUUUGGAAAGAGUGGAUUUGACAAGAAAUUUUUGCUUCUCAAUCUGUUUGCAUCUCAUUCGUUGAAGGAAUUGCUUCAGCUCUUGGAGCCAGGCUACGUGAUUCCAUCCACGACACACGUAGCAUCGUUGCUGCGCAAGCAGCACGAUGAUGGCGAGCAGGAAGUAAAACGGUUAGUCGCCAGGGCAGACUAUGUUGCGUUAACGACGGACAUUUGGACGUCCAAGGCCACUCAAGCGUAUGCGACGACAACAGCUCACUUUGUUGAUGAGAAUUGGAAGCUUGUGUCUGCCGUCCUGGAAACUGUCCACAUUCCCGAAUCCCACACUGGCAUCAACAUCAGCCAGCAGCUCAAGGGUGCUGUGGCGCGAUUUGGUAUACCAACUUCGAAAGUGGUAGCGGUUGUGCACGAUGAAGCAGCGAACGUUGAGCUGGCAGGCAGAAUUCUCUGGGGAGACUUGGAAUGGGCAAGUCUUGUAUGUGCUGCACACCGCCUCCAGAAUGCCAUCAAGGAUGCUUUGGACAAGAAGCAGCUCUGCAACCUACUUGCACGCUGUCGCCGUUUGGUGGGCCACAUGAAACAUUCAGCACUGAAGACCACGCAACUGGCUGAGAAGCAGGCACUGCUGGGCAUAGUACCGGCAAAGAAGGUAAUCCAGGACUGCCCCACCAGGUGGAAUAGCUCUUACCGUAUGUUGGCAAGACUAGUCGAGCUUCAGUCGCCCCUCCAACUGCUGCUUGCAGACAUGACGGACAAGGAAAGAAAGACGCUGGAACUGCCAUCCACCUGCUGGGAGACAGCCAAGCAGCUGCUGUCUAUCCUACGCAAGGUUGAUUCCGUGACGACGCAUCUGGGAGGGGAGAAGUACUCCACAUUGUCGUGGUAUCUUCCCCUUCUGACCGGCCUGAAGGCGGCCUGCAUCAAUGAUGACGACAGUGACGAUGAUGAAGGCGAUGAUGAGCUGCUAGCCGUGUCGUCGUUGAAGAAGCGCCUCCAUGACCGCAUUGAGCACCGUUUCAAUCUCAACGGUCUCCAUUCGGACAGCUUGUACGUAUUGGCAGCAGUCUUGAAUCCGCGCUUCAGGGACCUGAAGUAUUCACCACAGCAGCGUGACAGUAUUGAGGAGACACUCGUCCACGAGGCCACCAUAGCUGGUAGCAGCGAGUGCAGCGAGGUCGAGCUGCCCACCAAGCGCAAGCCAGCCCACUCUGCUCUCGACGAUCUCCUUGGCUGUGAGGAUGACACGAAUGCUGAUUCUGUGAUAGCGGAAGUCACUGCGUACUUGAACGAGAAACCGGCAAAGCGUAGCAUCGACCCACUCGAGUGGUGGGCAGUACACACCACCAGGUUUCCUCAGCUUGCACUUCUGGCGAAGAAGUACCUAUGCGUUCCCGCUACGUCCGUGCCGUCUGAACGGGUCUUUUCGUUUGCGGGCAUUGUUGUGGACCGACGGAGGUGCCAGCUUUCACAUAAGAUGAUUGAUGCCCUCAUCUUCUUACAUAUGAAUGCUAGUCUCUUGAAGCUGGUAGACUCCGUCGAGCUACGUUCUACGCCAGCUCCCAAGCCUCUAUUCGAUCCUGCAGAGGAAUAUGACAUGCCAGCACUGCCAGACCUGCCUUCAGAAGCUGUUUCUCUUGACUGA